GUUUCAAUGACCAGAUGGAUUCCGCGCGACCGUUCAGUUAUUUAAAAUUUAGUGAAAAAGGGGGUGAAUCGGUGGAAAAAAGCGCUAUGUUGAUAUUAUUUGUCAUCGAGAGACAUGAAGGUAGAAGAGGAGCAGCCGAUUAAACCGCACCAAAGCACCUACGGGUACACGACGUUCCCGAAUCCCGCCAUGUUCACGCCGUCGCAGAUCCUGAUGGCGAGCCAACUGAUGGCCGCCUCCGGCCUCACGAUAUCCGGCAAUCCGGCCUUCUUCCAUCCGGGCCUGCUGCCCAUACCGUGGGCGGCCAAUUCGCCGCCCUCCGACACGCCGCCCUCGCCGCCCACCAGCAACGAAGCCCUCUCGCCGGCCAUCGCCACCAAGAAGACCUCCAACAACAACAACAACACCAACAACAACAACAACGUGGUGACCAGCAGCACGAUGGCCGACGUGCGGAAGAGGAAGUACAAAAUCGAGCCGGAGGAGCCGGCUACUAUACCGCUCCCGUCGCCGACGUCCAGCGUCUCGCCGCCCUCCGGAUCCGACGCCAAGGACCUCAACAGGGAUAAGCAGUUCACCUGCGGAGUGUGCAAUAGGUCCUUCGGUUACAAGCACGUGUUGCAAAACCACGAGCGAACGCACACCGGGGAAAAACCGUUCGAGUGCCCGGAGUGCCACAAGCGCUUCACCAGGGACCACCACCUGAAGACCCACAUGCGACUGCACACGGGAGAACGUCCGUACCAUUGCGAGCACUGCGACAGGCAAUUCGUCCAGGUGGCCAAUCUCCGAAGGCACCUCCGCGUCCACACCGGCGAGCGGCCGUACUCCUGCGACCAUUGCGCCGCCAAGUUCUCCGAUUCGAAUCAGCUGAAGGCGCACGUGCUGAUCCACACCAACGAGAAGCCGUUCUCCUGCGAGCGCUGCCUGAGCCGGUUCAGGCGGAGGCAUCACCUGCUGCACCACAAGUGCGGCGUGCCCGACAAGGAGAUGACGCCCGACUCCGACGAGGAGGAGGCCAAGCGACGCAGGAGGGCGCUGCAUCCGCCCUCCACGCCGCUCGUCACCUUUCCCCUGCAGGUGGCUUUUCCGGAGCAAACGGAGCCGGAGGAUUUGAGCAUGUCGACGGGGGUGCACUCUAACAGCUCGGGGAGCGGCGUCGGCUCGCCGACGAGGAGCCUCGUGCUCAAAGAGGAAGAAGAAGACAUCGAAUCGCCUGCGAUAUUUUUACAAAGGAGGCCGAUGAGUAGGUCCUAGUCUAGUUGAUAAUGUGCGACGGAAACGGGUAUGUUAAAGUAAAAAAAGUCAAAUUAUUAUUAUUAUUAUCUAUUAUUAUAUUGAACGGUAAUGUUACAACCUAUAGCCGGCGGUGCGCGCGGGUUUUCUAUACAGGGCGACUCGUGUUAAACAUAAAAAUUUACAGGUAAAUUCGGUAAAAAAUCGAUAUUUUUCGUUAAUAAACGCUAUUUUUGGAUCUAUCGACUUGUUAACUGUAUGCAGGAACUUUAGGUUACAUCGCCCUGUAUAAGAAAAAACGGCGCAAACGCGGCGAGAUCGUUUUAUCCGAAAUGUGUAAUUUUUCAGGGAUUUAGCAUUAUCAUUUCGUUUAUUUUGUAUUAUAAUCUUGGUAUGCAAGUUCCUCAAACAAUAGUAGUAGUUCAUUGUUAGGAGUGAAUGGGAUUUUCUUUUUCGAACGACAAAAUUGCAGUGAUGAAUAGGAGCGGGUCCGCUUAAAAAAUUUCAAAAAAAAAUCUAAUCUACUAAUUAUUCAAUGUUGGAAUAUUUGGAAAUGUAGUAAGUAAAUAACAUUGUAUACGAUUUUUGAUAAUUGCUUUUUUAAAUCAUUUAAUAAUUAGAUAUGGUUACGUGUAUGAUAUUUAAAACGUUCUAGUUUUUC